AUGUUAAGUCCCUCGGGAUGCGCCUUCAUCGUCCCUCCGCCCUUCUUCCGUGUCCCCUCCCCCCCCGGUUCCCCUCCUGUGUUCCUGUGCUGGGAGCAGAAAUCGCACGACGAGCUCAAGGAGAAGUUUCUGGAGGAGAAGGCGGCUCUCGAGGCCAAGUACCAGAAGCUGUACGAGCCGCUCUAUAAUCAGCGCUCUGAGAUUGUGGCGGGAGACAAGGAGCCGGAAGGCGCUGAGGCCCCCGCUGCUGAGGCCGGAGCCGAGGUUGAGAAGGGUGUUCCUGAGUUUUGGCUCACUGCCAUGAAGAAUAACGAGAUCCUGGCAGAGCAGAUCACAGCGAGGGACGAGCCUGCACUGAAGCACCUUAAGGACAUCCGGUGGUCGCAACUGGGGGAGGAGCUCAAGGGCUUCAAGCUGGAGUUCCAUUUCACGCCCAACCCCUACUUCAAGAAUGAAGUGGCUCACUCCCUUUUUUCUUCCCACUCCACCCCCUCUCCCUCCCUAUCCCCACAACCCCACCACCCCCUUCAGCUCACCAAGUCAUACUUCAUGAUCGACGAGGAAGAGCCGAUUCUUGAGAAGGCCGAGGGCACGGAGAUCGAGUGGAACGCGGGCAAGAACCUGACGCAGAAGAUCAUGAAGAAGAAGCCGAAGAAGGGCGCCAAGAGCAGCAAGCCCAUCACUAAGACAGAGCCAUGCGAGAGCUUCUUUAACUUCUUCAGCCCGCCAGCCGUGCCCACCGAGGACGAGGAGCUGGACGAAGAGGAGUCUCCCUCUCUUAUCGUGUCUCAUUGGCUGUCUCUCUCUUGCUGCCUCCCCUCGCUUCAUCAAUGGCAGGCGGAGGAGCUGCAGGAGAUGAUGGAGCAGGACUACGAUGUGGGGUCUACCCUGAGGGAGAAGAUCAUUCCACAUGCUGUCUCCUGGUACACCGGGGAGGCUGCUGACCUGGAGGAUUUGGACGAUGACGAGGAUGAUGAGGAUGAUGAGGACGACGAGGACGAUGAUGAGGAUGAGGAUGAUGAUGACGAGGACGACCACCCGAGGCCUGCUCGCGGAAGGGUGCGUUUUGGGUUGUGA